AUGAAUGAAAAUCCUUUUCAAGAAAAUUUCAGCCUCCAGCCAACGUGGAAGCUGAGCGGCAAUUGGCGACUCCAGAAGCGGCAGAAACAGAGGUCCCCAACCUCUGGGCCACGGACCAGUACUGGUCGCAGCCUGUUGGGAACUGGGUGCACAGAGGCGGGCUGCGGCCGAACGAGCAGGCCAGUUUACCGCCUGAGCUCCGCCUUCUCCGCCUCCUCCCGCCCCAUGACCAUGACCCCGCCCCCUGCAGUUGUUGGAAAAAUUGGCUUCCACAAAGUUGGUCCCUGUCGUUGCCAGAAGGACCAUGAGGAACGGGAGUGUGAGGUGAUUGACUUGGACACAGAUGAUGAUGAUGCUCCACCCCCUGAGAAACAGCAAAAUACCUCCAAAGUCACUAACCAAGCUGCGCCUGAGCAGGACGGCGCUCCAGGUGCUGAAUACGAAGGGAGCCCCCAAGAAGAUGAGAUGCUGGAAUCGUCUUCUGAUAGUCUUACAAAGUUUGUGGAACAGGAGAUGCCGAUAGUUAUCACCAGUGAUGAUGAUAGUGAUGUGGAUGUUCCUGUGAUCAUAGAAGAUAGUGCCUCCGAUGACGACCAGAUGAGAUUCCAGGUGAAAAGAUGCCAGCUGAUGGAGAGGCUCUACCUGCGGUGGACCAACCAAAGAAAAGGAAGUGUAAAACCAAACAUUUAUGUGUGCCACCUGUGCUUUGUCCCUGACCUCUUUGUCCCAAGGAUAUCUCAUUUUCCUGAGGACCCAGCCCUGUUGUUUCCUGUAAGAAGCGCUGUUGUUAAAGGACAAAAGCGGACUCGGUCUUUGGAGGAAGUUCCGCAGCCACAGCCAAAGAGAAAGCGGACUAAGCCAGCUAAGUCUACUUCCAAGAGAAAGGGGACUGAGUCAGCUGAUCCUUCUUCCAAGAGAAAGCGGGCUGAGCUUCCUUCCAAGAGAAAGCGGGCUGGGCUUCCAAAGAGGAAACCCCGAGCAGAGAAAUCUCCACAGCCAUCUCACGAGCAUGAGCAUGAGCACAAGCAUGAGAAUCUUAAUUGCAACAUACCUGGAUGUUUUUUGCGUGACAUUGAAAAGCUGAAGGAGUAUACUGGAAGGAACUUCAAGAGAAAUAAAGAUGAACUGGUCAGGAGACUGUAUGUCCUGUUCAAUGAGACUGUCUUUGAUAAAAAGCUGCCAGAGAAACUGGAGAUCUGCUGGAAUAAGAAGAUGCUGAGAACCGCUGGCCUAUGCAGCUCUACCCACUCGUCUAAAACAGCAAAGCGCCAAACUAAGAUUGAUAUUUCUCUGAAAGUCUGUGACUCUGCAGACCGAAUCCGGGAUACUUUGGCCCAUGAGCUCUGCCACGCAGCCUGCUGGCUGCUGAAUGGCAUCCGUACUUCACACGGUUACACAUGGAAAUACUAUGCCAGGAAGUGCAACUUGGCCCAUCCAGAGCUGCCCUUGGUCACCCGUUUCCAUAACUACAAGAUUAACUACAAGAUUUACUAUGAGUGCACUCGGUGCAAAGCCAGGAUUGGCCGCUACUCCAGAUCACUGGACACCGAGCGCUCUGUGUGUACCUCAUGCAAGGGCCGUCUGGUCCUGCUGCCGUUAUUUCGCAAAGAUGGAACCCCCAUCAAGCCGCAUGUUAGACCCUUUGCCAAGUAUGUGAAACAGCAUUACAGAAUCCAAAGUGUGUUCAUUGACAACCUGUGCCAGCAGCAGAACAAGCUGUCGGGUCUCCCGUCCAGGACCCCGGACAGCUGA